UCGACUGAUCCAGUGGAACCUCGACAACAAGGAGACGCUGCUUUGUUCUUCAUCCAUUCAUCAGUCCGUCUGGAUCCUCGGAGGAGUGAGAUGUCUGUCUGCAGGAUCUCUCUUCUCGCAGCUUUGCUGCUAAUGUCAUCGUGCUGCGUUCAGGGCUUCCAUGUGGAGGUGUUUCCCAGAAGGCCUCUGUUCAGGCUGGGGCAGCGGCAGCAGCUGGGGUGUCAGGUCCAGGACUGCCCCACCAUGCCGAGCCUCUCCUGGUCCGUGCUGGGGGACCGACCUCUGACGGCCUCCGUCAGCACCAACAGGACCUGGUCUGUGAUGACCUUUGACCCUGUGAUGAUGGAGCACGAGGGAGCUCUGCUGUGUCGAGUCAAAUGUGGAGGAGAGAACAAGCAGAUCCAGAUAUCUGUGCAGGUUUACACAUUCCCAUCAGCCCCUCUGAUCAGGGGCCAGGACCACCUGAGUCUGGGGGCGGAGUCCAUCCUCACCUGCCAGGUGUUAGACCUUUACCCCUCUGAGCUGCUGACCCUCAACUGGCUCAGAGGUGACGCCGUCCUGCAGAGCAAUAUGGGAGCUCCUGGAUCUGGCUCAGUCCGGUCUGAGUACAGAUUCACCCCUCUGGAACUGGACUUGGGAGGAGACAUCAGCUGCAGGGCCACGUUGGACCUGCAGGAGCUGCCAGCUGAGGACAGGACCAGAGUGACCACUGUGUCCCUAAACCUGCUCUAUGCUCCUGUUGUGAAGACGCUAUCAGACUCUGUGUUGGUGAUGGCCGGCUCUCCGCUCACUCUCACCUGCAUUGUGGAGGGAAACCCCGAGCCGACCAUCACCUGGAGCUUCAGGUCAGCAGACGGUGGAUCUGAGUGGCGGGGUCAAGGCCGACAGCUGGUCCUUACAGCGGUGAGGCCGUCUGAGGCCGGACGGUACAACUGCGAGGCCCGGAACUCAGAGGGGAACCAGACCGCUGGAGUUGAGGUCACUGUUCACGCUCCGCCCACCAACACCUCCCUCUCAGUGAGUCCAGGUGAGGGGGUGCUGGAGGGCCAGCAGGUGACGUUGACCUGCUGGUCAGAUGGAACUCCGCCCACCACGCUGGUGCUGAGGAGGAAGGGGGUGGAGCUUCAGAGGACUGACCCCACCUUCUCCUCGCUUUCCUUCAGCCUCUCCUCCGCCCAGCUGGAAGACUCCGCCCACUACCAGUGUGAAGCCUCCAACCAGCAUGGAUCCCAACUGGUCACCAGGCGUGUCACCGUCUCAGCUCACCCACUGCAGGUGGAGGUGAGUCCUGCGGUCUCAGCAGCAGAGAGGGGUUCAGGUCUGGUCCUGACCUGUGGAGCCUCCGGAUGUCUCCACCCUCCCACCUUUACCUGGAAGACAGACCAGGAUCGGAUCGUCCUCAGGGGGACAGAGCGGGACGGACUGUCCUUGCUUCACUUGCAGGACCUGGACCUCCAGGAUGAGGGAGGAUACAGUUGUGAGGCCGAGUGUGACUCCGUCGUCAGGACCUCGACCGUCCAGGUCCAGGUCUACUCAUUCCCGUCUGAUCCGGUUCUGGAGAAUCCUGGUCCUGUCCUGCUUGGUCAGGAGGCGGUCCUCCACUGUAACGUGAGCAGUGUCCUCUGGGCCAAUCGUUUGAGGCUCCUGUGGCUGUCGGGGAACACAACGCUGAUGUCAGAGUCGUUUGGGUUCUCCGGUUCCCUCCAGAACGUUUCGUCUGUGCUUCAGCUGCGGGUCCAGGAGGACCAGCAUGUUCUGACCUGCAGGGCCGAGCUGUUGAUGGAGGACGGAGGCGUGUGGAGGUCCAGGAGGACCGGCGUCGCCCUGCAGGUCCACUAUCCUCCCAGGACUACCUGCCUCUCAGUGAGUCCAGGCGAGGAGGUGCUGGAGGGCCAGCAGGUGACGUUGACCUGCCAUUCAGACGGAGCUCCGGCCACCAUGCUGGUGCUGAGGAGGGAGGGGGCAGAGCUUCAGAGGACUGACCCCGCCUCCUCCUCGCUGUCCUUCAGUCUUUCCUCCGCACAACUGGAAGACUCCACCCACUACCAGUGUGAAGCCUCCAACCAGCACGGAUCCCAACUGGUCACCAGGUCCGUCACGGUCUCAGCUCCUCCGAGAAACACCACAGUCCUCGUCCUGCCGUCUACGGUGGUCCAGGAGGGACAAAAUGUCACCAUUUGCUGCCAGACCGUCAGCUUUCCGCUGUCAGCCGUGGUCCUAAAGAAACUGACCAAUGGGAUGGAGCUGUAUUCAACUAAUGGCACCUUCCUAUUGGUCAACGUCACGGCCAGAGACUCUGGUCUGUACCAGGUCAACGUCACCAACGACCUCGGCUACCAAGUCAAAGUCUUCAGCAUCAGCGUCAGAGAGAGAAGCACCAGUCUUCCUCCAAGUCUCAGUGCCAUCUUCGUCCCAGUCGUCUGUGUUGCCACUGGGCUAGCAGCUGCUGCUCUGCUCCUCGACUUCCUGAGGAGAUCCAGGAAGAAAGGUUUCUAUCAGCUGCCCCAGUCUGCCCCUACUUCAGCCUGAGGCCAACA